AUCCAGAAGCUGUGUGACCGGGUGGCUUCUUCUACUUUGCUGGAUGACCGGCGGGAUGCUGUCCGUGCGCUUAAAUCCCUGUCGAAGAAGUACCGGUUGGAGGUGGGCAUACAGGCGAUGGAGCAUCUCAUCCACGUCCUUCAGACUGACCGUUCAGAUUCUGAAAUAAUUGGCUAUGCCUUGGACACUCUCUACAAUGUGAUAUCAAAUGACCUAGAAGAGGAGGAGCAAGGUAAGCACUUGCAAGCUGAUGACUUGGGCAGUCAGUUCACAGAGAUUUUCAUUAAACAGCAGGAAAAUGUCACGCUCCUGUUGACUCUUGUGGAGGAAUUUGAUUUCCAUGUGCGCUGGCCUGGAGUGAAACUCCUUACAUCUCUGCUAAAGCAGCAAGGCCCUCAAGUGCAGCAGAUCAUCCUUGUCAGCCCUAUGGGUGUUUCCAGACUCAUGGAUUUGCUGGCAGACUCCAGGGAAGUGAUACGGAAUGAUGGAGUCCUGUUGUUACAGCAACUGACAAAGAGUAAUGCAGCCAUACAGAAGAUUGUUGCCUUUGAAAAUGCCUUUGAGAGACUUCUGGAUAUCAUAACAGAAGAAGGAAACAGCGAUGGAG